GUUGUUGUAUUCUGUGCUACCGAUAAGCGUUGCCAGUGAGUUACGACACAAGAGGCCCGUGCCAGCGAAACGUUACGAUUGCGUAACGCUGCUGUUUUCUGGAAUCGUGGGAUUCUCCACCUACUGCGCGAACAACACGGAUUCCAACGGGGUUAUGAAGAUCGUCCGCAUGUUGAAUGAACUCUACACUGCCUUCGACGUUCUCACAGAUCCCAAAAGAAAUCCAAAUGUUUAUAAGGUCGAGACUGUCGGAGAUAAGUAUAUGGCAGUGAGUGGGCUUCCAGAGCCGUGCACGACCCACGCAAGAGACAUGGCGAGAUUAGCUCUGGACAUGAUGGACCUUGGGCGAGAUGUCCUGGUCGACGGUGGAGAACCUGUGCGUAUUACGAUCGGGAUUCAUUCCGGAGAGGUGGUCACAGGCGUCAUCGGACACAGGAUGCCGAGAUAUUGUUUAUUUGGGAACACCGUGAAUUUAACGAGCCGAACCGAAACCACGGGAAUUCCAGGUAGAAUUAAUGUCUCCGAAGAUGCUUACAGAUAUUUGUGCAAGGAUGAGAACUUCGAUGAGCAGUUCAAUUUCGUUUACCGUGGACCGAUCGCCAUGAAGGGGAAAUCUGAUCCCAUGAACGUUUGGUUCUUGACCAGACAGCGAUCCGAGUAAUUCCUAAAGAAACGGAAGGAUAACGGUUCAGAUGCUGCAGCGCAGUGCAGCGCGUUGGAUGAUCUCUCCAGCAGCAUGUGUUUCCUGCGGUCUUCUAAUUCCUAGUUCACCUGCAUAUUCAGAUUAGUUAUCGAUGUGUAAUUUGAUUCAAUUCGCGUUCGUACGUUAGAGGUAUUAACUUCGUCCGACAUCUGCGCCCGACGCUUAAAUAUUGCUGCAGCCGUAUAUAAUUACUUUUGAAUCCAGCAAGAUUAAUCGAUCGUUUUGCAGUCUCUAACUCAACUGCAAUUUGUUUUCCCUGUCGCAGAACCGAAAACAACAUACAAGACACAAUAUUAUUAUGAUACAAUGCAGCUUACGUAACGCGAUUCAAUACAAAAUGAUACGAAUAAUCGUUCGUUUCAUGUUUAUUACUCGUAAACGUGGCUCCUUCUAUGCAUAACCUUUUCAAAUAAUAUAACGUAUGAGAUAACAUAAACCUUUAGGUGCUGCUGUAUUUGAGCACUUACAAAUAGAUAAAUUAUUCACUAUAGUUCAAAUAAACAUGUAAAUA